AUGGUUCGUCGUAAGAGUACCAAUCGAUUACCAGGAACAGGUCCCCCAUUAGGGCAUCUAGCAAAUCUCCCGGGUGAAAUUGUUGAAGAAGUUGAAACGCAACCUAAACGCAUCAUCGAAGGUCAAAAAUGUUCAAAAUCAAAGCAACCUUUACCGGAAGAGCUGAGAACUCCCACGCCUCGAGGCGAUAUACAUUUAGAUGCUCGUAAACGUGGAACCAGAUAUGUUAAGCAUGAACGUGGGUCAUUACCAGGUGUUGUCAUCCAAGAUGGUGUCAAUAGAGAUAAUGUCGACGACAUAAUCCAACGAGUAAAUAAAGAGAUUGUGGAAGAAAUUGGCAUUGAAGAACACAAUCAAGUUGGAGAAGAUGAACCAGCUCAGGGAGAAGGAAAUGAGGGUGGCGAUUACAACGUAAUCGAACAAGUAAAUGAAGAGAUUGUGGAAGAGAUUGGCACUCAAGAACACAAUCAAGGUGGAGAAGAUGAACCAGCUCAAGGAGAUGGAAAUGGGGGUGGCGAUGAUGAGGAUGGUGAUGAUGAGGAAGAAGGAGACAAGAAUGGAGAUAAGGAUGAUGAUGAAUCAGAGGAGGACUUGGAUGAAGAGGAGCAAGAGGAAAUAGUGGAUCAUCAAAAUGCUGUUCGUGUUUUGAAACGUCAGAAGAACAAGGUUUGGAAAAUAGAAAAUGAGUGUGAUGAGGUCCGCUUGGCGGUAUUUAAUUGUGUGCUAUGGAACGGGAUACAACAUGCACACCAAAAAUUUGAUGUUGUCACUGUUUCUGCAUUUGCUGAGAGAAUUGCAUCAGAUGAUGAGGUGGAGGAUGCUGAUGUUAUUCAUUUCUCAGCUGUUGCGGGUUAUAAUGGACCGUUGUUUUAUCCUGGGGGUUUCGGAGAGGUAGAAGAUACGUAUGAUGAGCCAAAUGCCGCUGACGAUGGUUAUUUGGAAUGGUAUGAACAUAUAUCUCAUCCUCGUGUAAUAAACAAUGUCCAACAGGCCCGUGCCAAUAAAGCAAAGGUGACGACAAUGGAGAAAGAGGCUAAGAAGGCUACCCCUAAAUGUGGUGAUGAGGCCUUGACCUUGUGGAAUUCUGCGGUGAAGGCAGGUGCUAAGUUGUUGAAGAAAAUGAUGGCAAAAAUCCGGAGUGGAGAGCUGAUGGACACUCGACAACAAACAGACCUCUACAACCAAUGGACUAAUGUUUUUAAUCCUGACCUUGUCGAUACAAGCCAGGUUGAUCCAAGCCAGACCAUGCCGUCGAAGAGGAGUCAAAGAGAAGGGGAAGGUUCAAGUCGGAUGGUUCAACAACAAAGCAGUGGAGAUGACACUCCUAGUGAUGAAGGAAGACCUAUAGCUCCUAAACGCAAAAGUAGAAAAGUUUCACGAAGUGGUCGUGAUAAAUGA